CGAAUGGGUCGCAGCCGAAGCCAAUCCCCGCGGAGGGAACGUAGGCGGUCCCGGUCCACUUCCCGGGAGAGAGAAGGAAGAGAUCCAAAAAGGAGCCCUUCGAGAUCCCCACACCGAAGGCGCUCCCGAUCCCCAAGACGACAUGGAUCCACAUCUCCUUCCCCUUCUCGACUAAAAGAAAGAAAAGAUGAGGAAAAGAAAGAAACAAAAGAAACAAAGAGCAAAGAACGUCAGAUUACCGAGGAAGACUUAGAGGGCAAAACAGAGGAAGAAACUGAAAUGAUGAAGUUCAUGGGAUUUGCCUCUUUUGACUCAACAAAAGGGAAGAAGGUAGAUGGCUCUGUCAAUGCCUAUGCCAUAAAUGUGUCUCAGAAGAGGAAGCACAGGCAGUACAUGAAUCGAAAAGGUGGCUUCAACAGACCUUUGGAUUUUAUUGCAUGAGAACUGAAAUUUGAAGAAUGAUUUUCCCCCUCGUCUUGGUCAGAGAGUGGAUUUUGUAUUUAAUAUGCCU